UGCAAUUUUGAUAGGGAUAGCCGGAAGCAUGGAUUAGUUAUUGCUGCAGUCGUUUUCCAUUGGAUUACAGCGCGCAGAUUUCAACGACUUCUAAUUGCGGGAUCGCCUUGUUUGUUUGCAAUUUUGAUUAUUUGCUUCAACUUCAACAACUCUUUCUCGAUUGCCAACAAUUAAUGCUUCAUUCUUUUGUGGAUGGAAUGGAAAUUGGAAUGAUCCCAGUUCACUAAAUUAGGGGCACUUUCCUAAUUUCUCUGCUCCGUGUUCGUGAAAUGGGGACGAUUCUCCAACCAGUUUACAGUGCCUCAGACCCUUUGGCGCCAAUUGAGAGUCUCUCUUCCCGGGCCAAUGGACACACUGCCGGAUGCCAUGGAAUGUCGUAUACUGUUCUCUUGGUUGUGCCGUCGGCUUUGUUCGCGAUCUAUUUGGCGAUCAGCGCUGUCAAGAACAUGAAGAAGCUUUUUCUUGGUCGGUCGUUUAUAAUGAUUUCGUAUUAUGCCCUUCUCUGGAUCACUACCGUCCUCAAUCUUGCUUGGUGCUCUCUUCAGGCAUGGGAAUGCUCUCCUGGGAAGGAGGUUGCUUGGAAUCUCUUGUCUUUGUUCACAUCAUCUGGAAUGUUGUUUCUGGAAAUUAGUCUGGUAGCUUUCUUACUCAAACAAAAUUAUUCUGGUGGGAUGGAAGCAUUGUUGCAUAAUUUUAUCACCUCGGCAAUUCUAGUUGGUGUUGAUGUUCUUCUUAAGGUCAUAUACGUGUUUGGGUUUGGCAUCCCACUGUUCAUUGGGGUUGGCAGUUUACACUGGUCAAAGUGGGGCGUCUGGACCAUCCAUGAGUUAUUGCUAACUGCAGCAUAUGGAUUCAUAUUGUUUGUACAUUUCUCAAAAUGGAGAGAUAAGCUACCACCCAAACCAGCAUUCUAUAAUUACAUUGCUGUGUUGUUUGUUGUUAGUACUCUUUCAUUUUUCGCCAGUGGGCUCGCAGCGUUUGGAGUAGGGUUUGGAAUCUGGUUAUACAAUUUCACGGUCAUCAGCUACCAUUCUAUGUAUCUUCCUUUCCUGUAUGUGACGUUUCUGGCAGAUUUUUUCCAGGAGGAAGACUUCCUUUUGGAGAACGCGUAUUAUUCAGAAAUGAGAGAUGCAGGAUUCUUUGAUGCAGAAUGGGAGUAACCUCUUCAAGAACCUAUAUUUUGUAUGCUUGUAUGGUUGAUGGUUGUAUACGAUGUAUAUAAAACAUAAAUAGAAAUCUUUAAUUUGCAAUGAAAAAUGAUUCUAUAUUCUGAAUUCAAUCAAUUGUUGCCAUGGUUUA